GUUGGUCAAAAUUAAAAUCUUAAAACUUUCACACAACAGUGUACCUUGUCGGGUGGAAAAUCAAAUCUUUAUCUCUCGAAUCCAUUCUUUCAAACUUUUUCAUCUCUGUCUAGGUUCUCACCACCCUCCACCUAUCACUUUCGGUGUUUUUUACAUUCUAAUUAAGAAAGAAAAAAAAAAUAACAUUAACCCACUAACGCUUUUUUUUCUUCUUCACUCUUCACACUUCACACACAAUAGAAGAAGAAGAAGAAGAUAAUACUAAUAAAGUAAUCUCAUAGGAGUGAGUGAGUGAGAAGAAGAAUAUGCCAACAACACUCACCCCACCAUCACACAAAACAAAACAAUCAAUGAACAAGAUUUACUAUUUAUUAUAUAUAUAGAGAAAGAGAGAGAAAGAAAAAAAAAGUGAUAGUAGUAGUAGUAAUACAAAACUUUGUUCAGAUCAGAAACAUGAGAGCAGAAACAAUAAACAAGUGUGUGUGUGAAUAGGUUGUUUUUUUGGGAACUGGGAUUUUCUUAUUUUCUUAUUUAAGUUAAGAAAGUUUUAUUUUUUAGUAUCAAAUGUCAAAAGAAUCUGAAGAAAUUAAAACUAGUGGUGAGCAAUGGAAAUGGUCUGAAAUGCAAGGUCUUGAGCUUGUGAAUGAUGAUAACAAUUCUGACCCUUUUAAAGGGAACUUACCAACAGUAAUAGAAGAGGGUGUUUCUCAGAAUCAAGUUCAAGUUUCCAAGGAAAUGGUGGAAACAUCAGAAGCUAAGAAAGAGGAGAAGGUUGUUAAGAGUGUUCCUGCUGUUGGGUUUGGAGAGUUAUUCAGAUUUGCUGAUGGGUUGGAUUAUAUUCUAAUGACUAUUGGAACUGUUGGAGCAAUUGUUCAUGGUUGUUCUUUGCCUAUUUUUCUUAGAUUCUUUGCUGAUCUUGUUAACUCUUUUGGUUCCAAUGCUAAUAAUUUGGAUAAGAUGACACAAGAAGUUGUUAAGUAUGCAUUUUACUUCCUUGUGGUGGGUGCUGCUAUUUGGGCAUCUUCAUGGGCAGAGAUUUCGUGUUGGAUGUGGACCGGAGAGCGUCAAUCAACAAAGAUGAGGAUCAAGUAUCUGGAAGCUGCAUUGAAACAAGACAUUGAAUUCUUUGACACCGAAGUUCGAACUUCUGAUGUUGUUGCUGCAAUCAACACUGAUGCUGUGAUGGUUCAGGAUGCCAUUAGUGAGAAGUUGGGAAAUUUCAUUCACUACAUGGCUACUUUUGUUUCUGGUUUUGUUGUUGGAUUCACUGCUGUUUGGCAAUUGGCUUUGGUUACCCUUGCUGUUGUUCCUAUGAUAGCUGUUAUUGGAGCCAUUCACACCACUACUUUGGCUAAGCUCUCUAGUAAAAGCCAAGAAGCUCUUUCUCAAGCUGGCAACAUUGUGGAACAGACGGUUGUGCAAAUCCGUGUAGUGUUGGCUUUCGUUGGUGAGUCUCGAGCACUACAAGGCUACUCAUCAGCCUUGAAGGUUGCUCAGAAGCUUGGCUACAAAACAGGAUUAGCAAAGGGAAUGGGAUUAGGUGCAACUUACUUUGUUGUUUUCUGCUGCUACGCGCUUCUGUUGUGGUAUGGAGGCUAUCUUGUAAGGCAUCACGAAACCAAUGGAGGACUUGCCAUUGCAACCAUGUUUGCUGUCAUGAUUGGUGGAAUAGGCUUGGGGCAAUCUGCACCUAGCAUGGCUGCAUUUACAAAGGCGAGGGUUGCUGCGGCUAAGAUUUUCCGGAUAAUCGAUCACAGUCCUGGUAUAGAUAGAAACAGUGAAUCAGGAUUGGAAUUGGAGACAGUUACUGGACUUGUGGAACUUAAAAAUGUCGACUUUUCUUAUCCAUCUAGGCCCGACGUUCUGAUCCUCAAUGAUUUCUCCUUGAGUGUUCCUGCCGGAAAGACCAUAGCUUUAGUCGGUAGCAGUGGCUCCGGCAAGAGCACUGUUGUUUCCCUUAUUGAGAGGUUCUAUGACCCAACUUCAGGACAAGUUAUGCUAGAUGGUCAUGACAUUAAAACUUUGAAGCUUAAAUGGUUGAGGCAACAGAUAGGACUAGUGAGCCAAGAACCUGCUUUGUUCGCUACCACGAUUCGAGAAAAUAUACUCUUGGGAAGACCUGAUGCAAACCAGGUUGAGAUUGAAGAAGCUGCUAGGGUUGCUAAUGCUCAUUCGUUCAUCAUCAAACUUCCUGACGGCUAUGAAACUCAGGUAGGAGAAAGAGGGUUACAACUUUCUGGAGGGCAAAAACAAAGAAUAGCAAUAGCAAGGGCAAUGUUAAAAAAUCCAGCAAUUCUUCUCCUAGAUGAGGCAACAAGUGCAUUGGACUCUGAAUCAGAAAAACUGGUGCAAGAAGCACUUGACCGGUUCAUGAUCGGAAGAACGACUCUUGUAAUUGCUCAUCGCCUCUCCACAAUUCGCAAAGCUGACCUCGUAGCUGUGAUUCAACAAGGAAGUGUUUUUGAAAUUGGAACUCAUGAUGAGCUCUUCUCUAAAGGUGAAAAUGGAGUCUAUGCCAAGCUUAUUAAGAUGCAGGAGGUUGCCCAUGAAACUGCUAUGAAUAAUGCUAGAAAGAGUAGUGCAAGGCCUUCAAGUGCAAGAAACUCAGUUAGCUCGCCGAUAAUUGCGAGGAAUUCUUCUUAUGGCCGGUCACCGUACUCACGUAGAUUGUCCGAUUUCUCUACAUCAGAUUUUAGUUUGUCCCUUGAUGCAUCAUAUCCAAAUUACAAGCAUGAAAAGCUUGCCUUCAAAGAUCAAGCCGGUUCCUUCUGGAGACUAGUAAAAAUGAACUCUCCUGAAUGGCUCUAUGCUUUAAUUGGUUCAAUCGGCUCAAUUGUUUGUGGAUCGCUUAGUGCUUUCUUUGCUUAUGUUCUUAGUGCUGUCCUCAGUGUCUAUUACAAUCCGGACCACAAACACAUGAUCCGAGAAAUAGAUAAGUACUGCUACUUAUUGAUUGGUCUUUCAUCAACUGCACUUAUCUUCAACACAUUGCAACACUUCUUCUGGGAUAUUGUCGGGGAAAAUCUUACGAAACGUGUGAGGGAGAAAAUGCUGACUGCAGUGCUUAAGAAUGAAAUGGCAUGGUUUGAUCAGGAGGAAAAUGAGAGUGCUAGGAUUUCUGCAAGGCUGGCUCUCGAUGCCAACAAUGUCAGAUCAGCCAUUGGAGACCGAAUUUCAGUCAUUGUGCAGAAUACUGCACUUAUGCUUGUUGCUUGUACUGCAGGUUUUGUGUUGCAGUGGCGUCUCGCCCUUGUCCUCAUUGCUGUAUUCCCUGUUGUUGUUGCAGCCACUGUUUUGCAGAAAAUGUUCAUGACUGGUUUCUCUGGUGACCUAGAAGCUGCUCAUGCCAAGGCCACACAACUAGCUGGAGAGGCUAUAGCCAAUGUAAGAACUGUUGCAGCCUUCAACUCAGAAUCGAAAAUUGUUCGCCUUUUCGCCUCCAACCUUGAAACUCCACUACAAAGGUGCUUUUGGAAGGGACAGAUUUCCGGAAGUGGAUAUGGAAUAGCUCAGUUUGCACUUUAUGCUUCUUAUGCACUUGGUCUUUGGUACGCUUCUUGGCUAGUGAAACACGGAAUAUCCGACUUCUCUAAAACAAUCCGAGUUUUCAUGGUCCUCAUGGUCUCUGCCAAUGGUGCUGCCGAGACUUUAACACUGGCUCCUGACUUCAUCAAGGGAGGUAGAGCCAUGAGAUCAGUUUUUGAUCUCCUCGACCGUCGAACCGAGAUUGAACCAGAUGAUCAAGAUGCUACUCCAGUUCCUGACCGUCUCCGCGGUGAAGUUGAACUUAAGCAUGUGGACUUCUCUUAUCCCACUAGACCCGAUAUGCCGGUUUUCCGUGACCUUAAUCUUCGUAUCCGAGCUGGCAAAACGCUUGCCCUUGUUGGACCUAGUGGCUGCGGUAAGAGCUCGGUGAUUGCACUUAUACAGAGAUUCUAUGAUCCAACGUCUGGCCGGGUAAUGAUUGAUGGAAAAGACAUCAGAAAAUACAACCUCAAAUCCUUAAGAAGACACAUUUCUGUAGUACCUCAAGAGCCGUGCCUCUUUGCUACUACUAUUUAUGAAAAUAUUGCAUAUGGCCAUGACUCAGCAACAGAAGCCGAGAUAAUCGAAGCAGCAACACUUGCUAAUGCUCACAAGUUCAUAUCUUCUCUACCAGCCGGAUACAAAACAUUUGUAGGGGAGAGAGGCAUUCAACUCUCCGGGGGACAAAAACAAAGAAUAGCAGUUGCUCGUGCUUUUUUGAGGAAAGCCGAGCUUAUGCUUCUUGACGAGGCAACAAGUGCACUUGAUGCUGAGUCAGAGAGGUCUGUUCAAGAGGCUCUAGACCGCGCUUCAACGGGGAAAACAACCAUCAUUGUUGCACAUAGAUUAUCAACUAUAAGGAAUGCCAAUGUGAUCGCUGUGAUUGAUGAUGGUAAAGUAGCUGAACAAGGUUCACAUUCACAGUUGAUGAAAAAUCACCAGGAUGGAAUAUAUGCGCGCAUGAUUCAAUUACAAAGGUUUACACACAAUGAGGUAAUUGGUAUGGCAUCUAGUUCAACUUCUUCAACAUGACCAAACAAUGAUUAAAAUUCUAAUCAAAAUACCAGCUAAAGGAAUAUAUGCCAUAUAUAUACACAUUUAUAAUUAUUGGCAUUUUUUGAAUUGAAAAUAGUAUAUAGUUUGUGUAUUAUUCCUACUCUUUCUUUUCAUGUCCUAUUAAAGAAUGUAUGUAUUUAUAUGUAUGUUCUUAUCUUUGUGAAUGUUACUAAGAAAAUGAAUGACAGAUGAAUUGAUGCUCAUCAUCAUUAAUUUA